GCGGCCCGGAAGUGACGUAAGGUGUGAAAGUGCGGUGCGCGCGCGCCGUGCUGCAGUUGUAUCGCUGACGGCUCUCGCGGGCAGCGCAUCGCCAAACGCCGCAGGAGACACCCGCAACGUGAAAUGUUCUUCAACGCCGGUAUCGUCCUGCUCUGCAUUGCGAGUUGCCUCUCUGCGCCAGUAGACGACCCUAUUCGGGUGGAGCUCCCGGUGUACGACCAACCGCAAGCCAGCUCCGACGUUGCUACCGUUCCCGUGGUAGCGGAUCAGCGCUCAGAAUCAGCCAGAAGUGACAAGUCGAUUGUCGGGAAUCUCAUUGCGCAUAAAAUUGAUGAGCUUGGCAAAAGAAUUGCACAUAAUAAUAAAUAUCACAAUCAUGCACAAUUGGCACACUACGAGGGAGCUGAAUAUUUAGCAACGGGAUAUUUUGGUGCACCGCCGACGACGCUUGAAGGCGCUAUUCUUGAAUCUGAGGGAUACGGCAGCAAGAAAUUGUCACUGAAGGAAAAUUUACACGGCAUCGUCGCAGGACUCUUGCAACCCAAACCUAUAGUGGAUACGAUAAAGGAAGAAGAAAAAUAUGGUAACUCGGGCGACAAGUUUAUCACAGCUGGGAGAGCCUUAGUCACCGGAGCAGAGGGAGUAUCGAAUCUCGUUAACUCGGUUCUUGAGGUGCCUGGGACAAUAUUCAAGAAAAUAACAAGGAUCGCAACUGAAAAGCUUAAUAACUUGGGUGGAAAGAUAAUUGGCCUCUAAUAUGUAGGUAGUUUAA